AUUUUAACAGCAAGAGAAGCGAUCAUUGAACUAACAACAACAAUUUUCACGUGUCGUCAUACAGGAGAUCGCCGGCCAGGAACGACCAGUGGGCAUAGCUGUCAUUCUUGUCAAGCCAACAGUUGGUUAUUUUGUAAUUACGAAUCCCCGAAUCAUUGGACAACAAUGAAUAAACAAAAUAAAAUUAUUCAUCUCUCAUCAAGAUUCAGAAGAAUAUGUAAUAAUGAACUAAAGGUAACACACCAGCAAUCGUACAGAACUGCUUGCAUAUAUAGACUCGGCUAUCAAAAUAUUUUAGAGAAAAAUGAGCCAUUACGAGAGUUUCAACGAAUGUUGUGCUUUACACCAAAACUCUCUAAAAUGUCUGUGACCAUGGCCACUCAACAACCAGGAAGAUUAAAGAAAAUGCUGAAGAAGAUAGGAUGGUUUGAUUAUUCAAAAUAUAAAUUAAAGCGAUCAGGAUAUCUGCUCUAUGGAAAUGCUUGUGACAGAGCUUUAGCAUCUGAUUUUUUUAGAGUUUGUGACUUGCCUGAUACCUUCUAUUCAUGGUUCUUGGUUACUGAACUUCAUAUUUGGAUGUUGAUGGUGCGACUCAUGGCUGAAGGAGAGGAAGGAAGGUAUACUCGAAAUUCUCUCAUUGAAGCACUUUGGGAAGAUUGUGAUGCAAGAUCCAAGAAACUUGGGUCUUUGGCACAAAGUGUACGUCAAGAACAAAUGCAGAGUAUUGGUUCUUCAUUUCAAGCAGCUCUCUUUGCUUAUGAUGAAGGUUUAAUGAGCGAUGAUCGUGUCUUAGCUUCAGCUUUGUGGCGAAGAUUGUUCUCCAGGAACUGCAAAGAUCCAGAGACAUUAGAAUGUUGUGUCCAGUUUGUGAGAAAGCAGGUAGAAUAUUUAAUCAAACUUUCUUAUUAAUAAUCAAAACUGGUAUAUUAAUAUAAAUGUAGCAUUUCUGAGCAAGACUCCCUCAUAGCUCCUCAAGGCUUUUUCCUGUGGCCUUCAUGGAAUUUAGCCUUCGAAAGUGAAUUUACAUUCUAGGAAACGAGUACCAUUUCCAACUACCUUGUCCUUCUCCCAGUGGGUUGGAAGCUCAGUGGAGAGUUUGGGUCAGUGUACAAAGACAAAUGCUCUCCAAGAAACCCUUAAAAUCACACUAAACAUACUUUUAUUAUUUCUAAAUUGCCAAUGGUUUUCCUGAGCUAUUUAAAGAUCCAAACUCGACUUACCCAACCACCACCAGAGCAGAGCUGAUACCUCUAAAACAUCAAUUUAGAUUAGUGGUCUAUAAAACAUUGUCUUGUACAGCACUUCUCUGCUUUAACCCCUUAACUGUGCAUCACAUUCAGUAAUGUUCAACAGGUGCACAUCACAUCCUGAGAUAUUUCUGGGGGGAGCCCCUUGUGGCUCCCUGAAGCUAUACACUAGAUGGUUUCCAUGUACCUGGUUGCAUCAGCUGUGGAUUUCUAUCGGUGUAGCACCAGAAUCUGGCUCCUACAGAGGCACAGGGAGAGGUGACAUUUCACCACCUCACCGGGCAAGGCAACCAGAAAGUCAGCGAGUCAAAACAGACCACUGUUGGAUUCAAAAAGAGAUCAAAGCCUCAAAACCCACAUAAUGAGAUCCCCCUGAACUAUGUAGACAAACAAUCAGAUGCUCUCAAAACUAGCUAGAGCUUCUUUGCUCCACUUCCCCCACUAGGGAGGUGUGGUGGGGGGGGGGGAGUGGCUCACCACCUUUCAGGGUCUUAGCUGUCGGUUCUGUCACUAAUGCAGCGGUUCUUGGGUUGUCUCUGCUCCUUGUGGGCUCCUCUGUUCUGCUAAAUGGUGUGGUGCUUACCCUUGGUGGCCUUUUCCUGUACACUGCAGAGUAGUGUUUAGUGUUUAGAGUAGUAGCCUAGUUUUUAGAGUGCUUGGAGCUGCAUGUGCUCAUAAUUACUUUCCCUGUGUGCUCUCUAACACUUCUCUUGCAUUACUAGAGUUAUUUUCUCUGGAGUGUUCGGGAGUCGCUCUCUCAAAGGUCCUCCCCAUUUGUGGUGGACCUCAUCUAGGGUGAAUCAAAGGUCUUGUGGCUUCUUUGUCUUUACCCUAAUUGGGUGCAACUUUGGCUGGCAGGGUGCAGUAGUGAUUUGUGGGCUUUCUUCAGUGCGCCAAGGUUGACCUUCACAGUUGUGUAACCAGAGCUGUGUCAGCUUACUUUUAGGUACAGUGUAGCGUCCCUAGUGCCUGGGUGUUCUGCUUUGCUUACCCUUCAGGACCUGGAGGGAUAGGUUUAGUGAUCCUGAACCCUGCAGGUUUAGUGGUCCUAUGGAUAUCCCAAUGAAUGUGCUCUCACUUUGUAUAAGUUUGAGGGAUGCUUGUCAUUCAUGCCAUACAACAACAAUCACUCAUUUUGCCUCCGUUAUGCUACCUGUAGGGUCGGUGACACCUUUGAUGCUGAGUUCUGUGGGAUUUGCUCUCCCCUUGUGACUUUUCUUUUAAACCCUCCUGAUGAGGUUACUGUUUACCAGGCAACGAUGGCUUUGUGUAUUAAUUUCGCUAUCUUGCAGUGGUCUAGUUUGUGACCUUUUCGAGCAUACCAGGAGAGGGUUCCUAGAGUUCUUCUACUCCCUGAGCCCAGCCUGGGGUCAAGAUUGACUUUUGAUUUGGAUGCCCUGGAGCUGUUCCGUUUGGUGUUUACGGACCUGGAAUUAGAGGUGUUGGUAACCUCCACCUUGGCUCAGUCCGUACCACCUCCUCCUUCCCCUUCUGGCAUGGUUCAAGCUUCUUCUGAUCUUUCACUCCCUGCCUUCCCAUGAUUGCAGCCCUGAAGCAUCUGAGGGUUUACAGGACAGGGCAGGGGUUUAGCUCAGAAUAUGGCUCAUGCAGGUCCAAGGGGUUGCCCCCUUCCAAAUUGGGCAUGGAGGCAGUUAAGUCAGCUAGUCCUGCAGAGGCUUCAGGGUUUUCCUUUCUGCCUACCCUCUUCCCCCCCCCUCCAUUCCUUCCUUUGAAGCCUCUCCCUUUGAAUCUGCUUUUCUAUCUCUGCCAUUGGGCAUAAAUACCUGCUCUGUUCUGUGGCCCUUAAUUGCAGCUUCUGGGGCUUUGGUGGAGUCUGAUAUGGGCCCAUGGGUCCCUUUCGACUCUAAAUGGUUGCUGGGUCUCUUUAAGGAGAGACUACUUAGAGAGACCCUCCCCCUCCCCCCAGCUCCCCCUCCCCUUUUGUAUGGGGUGAGGAGUUUUUGUAUCCUCCAUCUCUGGGUAUGAUUUGGGUGUGGCAUUCUCCAGGGUUUGGUUAUGUAUGUUUUUGGGCCUAAAUGCAGAUCUUUAUGAAGAUAAUUGUUGUGAUUAUUUUAAAUUGAGCCAUAAGUUUAAAGCAGAAGCUGCUCCACAUAGUAAUGAAUUGUGAACUUAAGACCUAACUUAAACAAACCAUGAUACAGUAGUAAGAAAUUAUUUAAUUUGAAUUUGUUCUUAUAUUAAUGUCCCAAUAAAUACAUAGCUGCUGAAAUAUUUUAGCAAAAUUACCAGUUAUGUUCAAAAACAUUUAAGUUUGCCUUUGUUUUUCCAAGAUUUUUGGAUAAUAUAAAUACAAAUUAUGAAGUGUUGCUAAUUAAAGGGUCAUUCCAUGUGAUUUCAUCAAAGUCCACCCACUCGACCCUUUCUAAAUCUAAUGAAAUUUUGUAAUAAAGUAGCCGUAGACCCCAAAUGAAGUUGUGCAAAAUAUUAGAGCUCAAUCUGCUUUG